AUGGUCGCCGUCGACACAGAAUAUAUCAGCGUGGGGGGAAACCGGCACCCUGGUGCCGCGGAUUGGGAUGCGCAGACAGGCUUGCUCGCCUUCGGUGCGGACAACAAUGUCGCCUUAUGGGAUCCUCUAGACAAGAAUGAUCGUGGCAUCCAUGCUCUGCUUGUGGGCCAUACCGACAAAGUCAGCGUCGUUCGAUUUUAUACAUGCCCCGCCUCAGGAACGAGAUUUAUCGUCACCGGCUCCGUCGACCGCACAAUACGGGUAUGGAAAAAAGACGAUGCCGAUCCCCACAACUAUGUACUUGCAUCUACCCUUGAGGGUCACACGGGCUCCGUGAAUGCGAUUGCUGUCGCCGAUGGAACGGAUAUCAUCGCAUCUGGAGCGGCUGAUGGGACGGUCCGGACCUGGAGAAUAAAUGCACAGGAUGGGUUGAAAUGCGAGCUACUUGAAAUGAUCACAAUGGUACCAAGGUUCUUCCCACUAUCUCUAUCAUUGCAGGGACUUGAAGGCGACUCGGACAAGCCAUUGGUGUUGGCCGUUGCAGGUACAACGACCAAGGUUCAUAUUUACGUCUCGGAAACCUCCAUCGGCAAGCCAGAAUUCAAGCAUCGGGCCGUACUUGGGGGACAUGAAGCCUGGAUUAAGGCUCUUGCGUUCACUCAGGACAAGCAGAGCAACGGCGAUAUCCUGCUAGCGUCUGCAAGUCAAGACAGAUACAUCCGUCUCUGGCGACUUCGUCGGGGUGAAGCAAGUGUACCUGCUCCAAUAGACGAUACAGAUCCUCUGCUUGGAGGAAUGGAGCCUACGCUAUCGAACAAAGCCCAUGAGUUUGAGGCUGCAGGAUCGAAAUACUCAAUUACUUUCGAGGCUCUUCUCUUUGGGCAUGAAGAUUGGAUUUAUACUAUUGCGUGGAAUCCUGAUUCGAAGCGGCAGCAACUUCUUUCGGCAUCGGCUGAUAAUACCAUCACAAUUUGGGAACAAGACCAAGCAUCAGGCGUCUGGAUGUCCACAGAGAGAAUGGGAGAGAUCAGUGUCCAAAAAGGAUCUACCACGGCGACUGGUAGUGCAGGUGGCUUCUGGAUUGGGCUCUGGUCACCAGAUGGGAGGCAGGUGAGGUUUGGUAUUUCGGGUCAUGUGCGCUCCGCAAACGGUUUACAAUGGGAGCCCACUGGAGGCUACCUGCUUUCAACGAGUUCAGACCAAACCACGCGGCUUCAUGCAAAGUGGGUACGGGGAAAUACAGGUUCAUGGCAUGAAUUUUCCCGCCCUCAGAUUCAUGGGUACGAUUUGAACUGUGUCGAUACUCUGGGUCCCUCACAGUUCGUGACUGGUGCAGAGGAGAAGCUCUUGCGUGUGUUCAACGAGCCCAAACAAAUUGCUCAGUUGCUCGAGAGACUCACUGGGUUCAAACAAUCGAAUGAUCAGGACCUCCCAGACACUGCUGAGAUUCCAGUGCUGGGUCUUUCGAACAAGGCACUUGGAGAUGAGGCACCAGUGGAAGAGGACGGGGAAAAAGCCCCAACUGAGGCGCCAGUCGCCUCUGCCUUGCUAGCUGCCAACCACCCGCCGCUGGAGGACCAGUUGUCUCGUUACACCUUGUGGCCGGAGCAUGAAAAGCUCUAUGGCCAUGGUUAUGAGAUAUCAGCAGUGGCAGUAAGCCAUGACCGUAGGCUCAUUGCUACUGCCUGCAAGGCCAGCUCGAUUGACCAUGCGGUAAUUCGCCUCUACGAUACGUCAGACUGGCAUGAGAUCAAGCCUUCUCUCACUGCGCACUCGUUAACCAUCACGGACCUCUCAUUCUCGAGUGACGAUCGUUAUCUUCUCAGUGUUGGACGAGAUCGCCAAUGGGCGGUCUUCCAGCGGAGCGAUACAGACCCAACUACCUUUACAAACUUCAGCUUGAACCCUAAGGGUCACUCUCGAAUGAUCCUAGGUGCGGCCUGGGCCCCAGCUACAACAGACUAUGUCUUUGCUACGGCAGGACGUGACAAAUCUGUGAAGAUCUGGCAAAAGUCUGAAGACACUUUCGUUUGCAAAACGACCGUGGCCCUGACAUCGGCCGUCUCAGAAAUUGCUUUCUUGCCCAUAAUAUACAAAGGCACAUACGUUAUUGCUGUCGGCGAGGAUAAUGGUGUCAUCUCCAUCCACCGGAGUGCUGCUGAUACCCUCGAAGCACAGCACGUCGUGACCAUUGACAAAGAGGUCUCGCCCUCAAAGACGAUUACUCAAUUAUCAUGGCGACCAGUGCCGGCUGCAGAGGAUAGCAGAGAUCGAUUCGAAUUGGCGGUGGCAAGUGAAGACACGUCCACACGGAUAUAUGCUAUCUCGAACAUGCUCUCAUGA